UCGAUCGCCGAUGCUCGCCGGCGUUCGCGAGCAGAUCAAGGACAGCUCACAAGCGUCUGGGACUACAGAGUAGACCCGUCCGGCGACUCUCUGACAGGCACACAAGCGGCAAAAUAGUUCGCCCCGUGCGGCUCUUUGAGUGGUGGAUCUUAUGGCUGAGAGCGUGGAUAUCUUUCUCAGAGCCAAACAUCGGACAUUCGGCGGACUGACUGAAGAUGCAGAACAUGAGUGGACGGGACCAUUUUACUUCAUCCAGGCCGCAGACCCCCAGCUAGGGCUGAUGAAAGCCUGGAGGGAAGGUGACUGCGACGGCGGGGGGGACGAAUGGGCCGAGGAGGUUGAGCUCACCAAGCAGGCUGUGGAGGCUGUUAACCAUCUCACUCCCAGGCCAAGGUUUAUGGUCCUGUGUGGGGACCUGGUCCACGCCAUGCCAGACACUCCGUUUAGAGAAGGUCAGGAGAGAGACCUGAAGUCGGCCUUGAAGGGAACAGAUCCAUCCAUCCCACUGGUGUUUGUCAGUGGGAACCAUGACCUGGGGAACACGCCCACUCUGAAUACAGUGGAGCAGUUUUGCAAUGCAUGGGGGGAUGACUAUUUCAGCUUCUGGGUGGGUGGAGUCCUCUGCCUGGUUCUGAACUCCCAGCUGUUUUACGACGCCUCAGCCUGCCCUCAGCUGAAGGAGGCCCAGGAGACGUGGCUGGAGGAGCAGCUGAGCAGAGCCUCAUCUCUAACGGAGCCCAAACCCAAACACGUCCUGGUGUUCCAGCACAUUCCUCUCUAUCUAAAAACCCCCGAUGAGGAGGACGACUAUUUUAAUCUGCAGAAAGUCGUCAGACAAAACCUGCUGGACAGAUUCAAGAGGGCAGGGGUGAAGGCUGUCUUCUCUGGCCACUACCACCGCAACGCCGGCGGUUGCCACGGCGGCCUGGACAUGGUCGUGAGCUCGGCCAUCGGCUGCCAGCUCGGCGACGACGCCCACGGCGUCAGGGUGGUGGUGGUGACCGCCGACGGCGUCGUCCACCGCUACCACAGCCUGGAGCAGCUGAGAGCCGGAGGCGUGGACGAGGACCUCAGGAAGCUUCUGCAGGCCUGACGCACAGACAAUCACGCUGGAUGGAUUUUGACGUCGUUAGAGGCACAAAAGGGGGUUUCUUUGGAGAAUCGCGCGUAUGAUUAAUGAUGUUGAACUUCACUAAUAACCCAUUCUUUAAAACAAAUAAAUAAAAGGUCAAGAUUCGUCACAGCCCGGCCAAAAACACAUGAAUUGUUGUUUGACUUCCUGCUCGGUCAAACAGCGCGCUACAUGCGCUCAUUAGCGCUGAUGAGAUUAACUCCUCAGAUAACAACAGUGGACAGUAGGCGAUGCAGAGGAAGUUCAGUCGCAACCCUGUAGGCUUCACAACGUUUAUUUCCAUCCAUAUUUUGCUUGAACAUUUCACUAAUAACCUAAACCUGACAGUUUCCCCCCACAGGCUCGUAUGCACGUGUGUGACUUGUGUUUGACCGUGUCGUGAAUGAAUGAAAACCUCAAACCAAACAGACAUUUUUAAAUGCAAGUUGAAUGUUUUCCAAAAAGAAUCUGACCUGACGCAGCCAAACAAAGAUCCGUGAAUAUUUUCAGUCUCUGCUCCAUUUCCUCCGUCUAGAUCUGACACCUACUCCGGCCCGUCUUUCCGUUUUGGGCCGCGUGAAAACCAGAUCACAACGAUGCUCCCUGUGAGAGUUUAAAGGACGUUUUCCACCCUAAAACGACGACACUGACCAGAACGCGCUGCAGAUGGAGGGAAACAAGAAUUCUCCUUUUUGAUCCUCCUAAAAAUAUCCAGCUGACCGUCCUAUGCAAGCGUCUCACAUCGCCAUAAUUUGAUGUCCCGUGUGUGUGUGUUUUUACUGUAACGUUUAACACGGUACGUUGUUCGACUGAAGAGAAAGAAAGAUGUAGCGCUGGCUCUUUUACCUCUGUUGGCCUGAAGCUCCUUCCUCUGCCCACGCAGAGUGGGAAUAUUUAUUCCGGCCGAUAUUGAAGAAUCGAUUUGAAUUCAUGUCAAUGAGAGAGAGAGAGAGAUUAUUGUUAAUCGUAAAAUGAUGCUGUGACUUAAAAGAGACCUUUUCCACAACGAUUUUAUUUGUAUAGCGUCAAAUCAUGACAUAUAUUAUCUGUCAAUUCUAAUAACAUGUUAGAUUUGUGCAUUAAUGCACUGGAACAAGUCACACAUUCUAAUCUCUCAGUGGUAGUGUUUAAAAAGCGGAAUCUUAAGGGAUUAUGGCGUGGUUCAAAUUGACAAUAUUUCAUCGUGGAUCCGUGCUUUUCAGUCCUGAAGUUUCGCGCUGAAAUCCCGUCUAAUCUGUUUAAUCUGCACGUCGUUUUAAAACAUCCUCGCCGUGCACUCACGCGUGACAGUUGAGGCGACGUCGUGACGGUGUUGGUGAAACUGAAGAUACCAGCGUUGGGCUAAAUAAAAGUGUGUGUGAGAUCUGGUGGGGGAUUAAUGGUGGGAAAAGAGGAAAGAAGCGCUGGAUUAACCCGGAUUAUUUGGUCUGAGUUUCUCCUGGCUGCGCGUUUUAUUUUCUUUUUAAAAAAUGAACAAAAUGACAUUCCUUUUGUGAGCCUUUAAUGACUCUACUCCAUUACUCUUCACACACACACACACACACAGACUCUCACACUCGCCCUGACCAACUAGAAAUGUAAGAGAGUUGUCAUAGCAACCCUUUAGCAACACAUCUGUGUGUGUGUGUGUGUUUCUCAGAGAGAUGGAACGUGUGCACACACACACUCCCCAUCUGUGUCUGCGUGUCCAUCCGUGAUCUGGUGGAUACCAUAGGUGAUUCUUCCAUCACUGACCUCAUUUCACACUUACAGAUUCUGUCCGUUUUUCUAAAAAGUCAGCAUGUGAGGGCGGGAGGAGGAGGAGGAGGGGGAUGGGGAUUGCGUCUGAGAGGAAUUGAAAAUGAGCGUGACCAUCUCUUUCAUUUCCUGUCCGAGGAGGAACCCUCAUGUCCUUAAUCUAUUUUUAUAUCCUGGUGUUGUAGCACCAGGGCUCGGUCACAACACUCUCGUCCUGAAUGUUGUUGUUGGUUUUUCCGUGAACGAGCACUUGUGUAACUUUGAGGGCGCCGCUCACAGUUUGACCUGUGCUGAGUUUGAAUGAGUCACCGCAGUGGAACACCCGUGACGCUGACAGUGGUCACUUGUAUUUUUUAUAUAUAUAUAUAUAAUAAAGGUUGAUUUUUAUACAUGGAA